UUGAGCGACAUGUCAAUAAAAUAAAAAAAUAAAAUCGCGGUAGAACAAGAUUAACUUGUGAAAAGAUUUCUUUUUAUACGUUAAGACGUUUUUACAAGUAAAAUAUAUUGCUUUUCGUUUGUUAUUUAAAAAAAAAAAUCCAACAGUUCGCAAUUUAAGAACCUAACCUCCGGUUCUUGUUUUCAUACAGUGUAAAAUAUCAUCAGUUGUUGAUCGCACUCGACUUCGUGAUAAGUCCUAAUUGAACGUAGAAAAAUUUCGUAAUGUCAGAGUACGAAAAAGUGAAGACGGGAAAGUUAGUGCUGAAAGGUGAAAAAUCGAGGCCGAAAAAGCGUAAGCAUAAGAAACAAGAGAAGGAGCAGGAUGUAACUGUGGAGGACAGAGAUACUGUUAUUCAUGGAGGAUGGUGGAAGGUUAAAAAUAUAUUCGAAAUUACGGGAACGAUAGCUAUAGAAUUUGGGGAUCGUACUUACCUGAAAGCACUUGACAAUGGACUCUUCACUCUCGGUGCGCCACAUGAUGAAGGCGAAGGUCCAUCGCCGGAAGAAAUUUUAACAGCGUUUCCUAUAAACGAGACCAAAGUCGCUCUCAAGUCAGGAUAUGGCAAAUAUCUUGGCGUUGACAAGAAAGGCAUUGUUGUUGGACGAAGCGAUGCUGUAGGUCCUAUCGAACAAUGGGAACCGAUUUUUCAAGAUAACAAACUUGCUAUAUUGCAUAGUACAGGAUGUUUUAUAUCAGUUACAAGUGACGAUGAUGUAAUUUGCCAAAAUAGAACAGCUGGCCCAUCGGAAUAUAUUGUCAUAAGAAGUAUAACACAACGUUCUCAGAGUCCUAGUUGGGAUAUACCAAAAGAGGAACAAGGCUCACUGGCAGAUGUCGAAGUAAAUUAUGUACGAAAAUUCCAAAAGUUUCAAGACAAAAAGUUGAGAGUAAAUAAAUCCGAUCGUUCUGAGCUGAAGAAGGCGAAGAUAGACGGAAAUUUACACGAGACUCUAUUAGAUAGAAGAAGCAAAAUGAAAGCUGAUCGUUAUUGUAAAUAAGUUCAAUUCUAAGGACAGAAGAAGAAAUCAUUGAAUUUACUAAGACACUGACAAGACGAUUGCAAUAUCAACCCUACUUUGCCAGAUGUUACACAAAAUUACUUU